GCAAGUUACAAUAAGAGAUAAGAAAGUGUACAGCUUUGAAUUUAUUUAUUUCUCCAAGUGACCAUAUUGCCAUACGCUUAUUCUGGUCAUGUUCGGAUUAAUCGUUCCGUGGUUGUUCCUUGUGAGUGGUUUGGUAGCAUCGAAAGCGGUCCAAAUGGAAGACACCCAGAGUCGCUCGGUGCCCAUUGCAACUACACAUAGGUCAUGUUUUGUCUGCGCGGGACCAUUGGCAAUUUGUGAGAGCCUUUUCAAAUCCGUUACCUGCCCUGUAGACAAGCAGUUUUGCAUAAAUGAGCUGACAAACCGCGCAGAUGCCUCGAGAAAAGUAGUUAGAAGAUGUGGCACUCAACAGGAAUGUCAUGACAGCUGGUUAAAUGGGACUUCAUCGAGCGGCAAGUGUGCUAACUUCGACCAAAUAUUCGUUUACACAAGCCAGUUCACAUGCGACUAUUGUUGUACAUCGGAUAACUGCAACCUUCAAGUCAAUCCCACUGACCAAUUCAAUCCCGCAUUGGGCUAAGAGUUAC